UCAAAUAUAGCCAUUGGUCGUGGACUACCUGUAUCUGAAUGAUUGAUUUACAUUCAACAAACUUUAGCCUUUAUAAAAAGUAGACAGAAUUGACAUUAGAUUUACGACACCCAUCAAUUUGAUGGAUUUCAAAUUUAGAAAGAAAAUAAUGAAGAAAUCACAGCAUUAAUUAUGGUGACUGUGUUGGAGUGGAAGCAUUAUUUGUAGUAGCAGUGUCUGCAGGUGGUUGUCCUGGUGGAGUGCUAAAUAUUGUAGCUAAAGUUUUCUCAUCUGGUGGUGGAAUUGGAUACAUUCCAAUAGCCAUCUCUACAAGGGAUAGCCCUAGCGACCAAAUAUCACUCUGUACAGAGUAAUGUGUGCCCUGAAGUCUCUCUGGCUGAAAAAAUGAAAUAUCUGUUAAAUAAAAAUUUUUAUUUUAAACAAAAACGACUUCAAUUGAAUUAGUAAUUGCUUACCGACAUAUAACUUCUUGUUCCAACAAAUGAAUUCGCCAUAGAGUCUAUUAGUUGACCAGAUACACCAAAAUCACAAAUUUUUAUUUCUCCGGCACUAUUCACCAAAAUGUUGCUAGGCUUUACAUCUCUAUGCAUAAUUGCAUGUUUGUCUCGUAAGUAGCUCAAACCUUUUAACACCUAUAAGGAUAUCCAAUAUUAUUGCACAAAUUUAUUUCAUGAUUCUUUAACUUUCUAAAAUUUAAAUUAGUCUGAAGUUUUAUAUUCUUUAACUUCGGAUAAUUUUUUAAUUUAUACACAAUCAUAAUUAUUAUAAAAUUUAGUGCUUUUAAUGCAGAAAGUUAAAAGAUCAUAAAACCAAAUGAAGACAAAUUAGCCAUGAUUUCAGUUUCUAAACAAUUGAAUUUUGAUGCCGUCAAUAUUCAAUUGCAAAUAUAUUGUAAUUUACUCAAAACUCGUGUUUAAUUUAAUUUCGAUACAAUGCAAUCAAUAACGCAUUUAAAUCCUGUUGUUAAGAAGAAACAUAUCGACAAUGAUAUUGAAGAUCUUCACAAAGAACUAAGUACCAAUGAUCAUACAAUUCCAUUAAAAAGAUUGUGUGAAAAAUUAAACACUGACAUAAGUAAUGGUUUAACGGAAGACAAAGCACGUGAAAUUCUUGAUAGAGAAGGAUUAAAUGCUUUAUCCCCAGCAAAAGAAACGCCAGAGUAUAUAAAAUUUUUAAAGUGUAUGUUCCAUGGAUUUGCUAGCUUAUUGUGGGUAUGUUCACUGUUAUGUUUUAUUUUAUAUGGCAUUAGUGUUCUAACCAAUAACAGUGGUGACGGUAUUGAUUUAUUUGGAUUAAUCAUUGUUAUGGUCUGUAUAAUCUCUGGUGUAUUUGCUUAUAUACAAGAGAGUAAGAAUAUAAAGGUAAUGGAAUCUUUUGGGAAAAUGGCACCAACUUUUGCUACAGUAAUACGUGAUGGCAUCAAACAGCGUGUGGCAACUGAACAUCUAGUUCGAGGCGAUUUAGUACUUUUUAAAUUUGGUAAUAAAAUACCGGCCGAUAUUAGAAUUACAGAAUGCACUGGAUUAAGAGUGGAAAAUUCGAGCAUUACUGGAGAAAAUGAACCAGUAGCUAGAACCAAUUAUCCCACAGAUGACAAUCCUUUAGAAUCUGCUAAUAUUGCCUUUUUUUCAUCCUUUGCUGUGGAUGGUGAAGGUAAAGGUAUAGUAAUUGCUACUGGUGAUAAAACAAUGAUAGGAAGAUUGGCUGGUUUGACAUCACAGCUUAUAAAAACUGAAACUCCAAUAGCUAAAGAAAUUAAAAAUUUUGUGAAAAUAAUUAUCUCUGUUUCCAUAAUGUGUGGAAUAGUAUUUUUCGCGUUAUCUCUAAUAAUAGAUCCCAAUAUAAUAAAAGCAUUUACUUAUCUACUUGGCAUUAUAAUAGCAAAUGUACCUGAAGUUCUAUUGGUAACUGUUACUACAAGCUUAACAUUGACAGCACAAAAAAUGGCAACAAAGAACUGCUUAAUAAAAAAUUUAGAAGCUGUAGAAACACUUGGAUCUACUUCAACUAUUUGCUCUGAUAAAACAGGAACUCUCACACAAAAUAAAAUGACUGUGUCCAACUUAUGGUUUGGUCAUACAAGAUAUAAUUUUUCACCAGGGGAAACUCUAGGUGUUGAGAAGAAUUUGCUAAUGGAAAAGCCUGCUUUUAAUGUUAUCAUUAAGAAUGCUACACUUUGCUUACGCGCCGAAUUUAUUACUGAAUCUACUUUAUUAAAACCAAUUGAAGAACGUGAGAUAGUUGGCGACGCUUCUGAGACUGGAAUCCUCAAAUUCUCCGAGCAUAUACAUAACACAACAGCAUUCCGUGACAAACACCCAAAGGUUGCAGAAAUACCAUUCAGUUCAAUUACCAAAUAUCAGAUGUCAAUACACAGAGAAGAAACUGGGCAUAUAAUGAUUUUGAAAGGAGCGCCAGAAAUAUUAUUAGACAACUGUACUCAAAUAUUGACUACAGAAGGAGAGACUAAUGAGAUGACACCAUUGGACCAGGUAAUAUGUCGAAGGGCCUGUGCAGAGCUUGGAUACCUAGGUCAACGUGUAUUAGCUUAUUGUGAUCUUCAUCUGCCUGAUGAUGUCUAUGGACCAGAUUUCAAAUUUAAUACAGAUUCUCCAAACACGUAUAAUUUUCCAACAAAGGGUUACAGGUUUGUUGGAUUGAUCAGCUUAAUAGAUCCUCCAAGACCAGCUGUACCUGAUGCUGUAAAGAAAUGCCGUACAGCUGGAAUUAAGGUAAUAAUGGUUACAGGUGAUCAUCCUGUAACAGCAAUGGCAAUAGCAAAAAAGGUUGGUAUCAUCAGCGAGGGAACUGUAACUAGAUAUGAAAGAGCAAUACUGCAGAACAUGUCACACUCCCAAAUAGUAGAUAUUGACACACAAGCAACAAUUAUCACUGGUAGUGAAUUAAGGAAUAUGGACGCUACAGAAUUGGAUAAUCUUAUAAGGAACUAUGAAGAAAUUGUAUUUGCAAGAACGUCCCCUCAACAAAAGUUGCUUAUAGUGGAGAGCUGUCAAAGACUGGGGGAAAUUGUUGCUGUAACUGGCGAUGGUGUUAAUGAUUCACCUGCACUGAGAAAAGCAGAUAUCGGUGUAGCUAUGGGUAUUACUGGUUCAGAUGUUGCGAAACAUGCAGCUGACAUGAUUCUUAUGGACGAUAACUUUGCGACUAUCGUAACUGGUAUCGAAGAAGGUAGACUAAUAUUCGAUAAUCUCAAAAAAUCAAUUGCAUACACAUUAACGUCUAGCGUUCCUGAGAUGCUACCUAUGUUAGCUAGUCUCAUAUUUGGUAUUCCUCUUCCAUUCAUUCUUGAAAUGAUUCUAUGUGUAGACAUUGGAACAGAUUUGCUUCCAGCGAUUGCUCUAGCAUAUGAAAAAGCAGAAUCUGACAUUAUGCACCGUGCACCACGGAACCCACAGUAUGAUAAACUUGUGAACAAACGUUUAAUAUCUGUUGCCUAUGGACAAAUUGGCAUGACACAAUCUCUAGCUGGUUUUUAUACCUAUUUUAUGAUUUUAAUGUUAAACGGCUUUUUACCUGAUCGACUAGUAGGAUUAAGAUUAGAUUGGGAUAACAAAUCUGUCAAUGAUUUAACAGAUUCUUAUGGUCAAACAUGGACAUAUGAUACUAGAAUGGAAUUACUAAAUGAAGCUCGUACUGGAUAUUUUUUAUCUAUCGUCAUAACACAACUCAUAGAUUUAGUUAUGUGUAAAACAAGAAAGAACUCAAUCUUGCAACAAGGAAUGGAUAAUUGGUUCUUAAAUUUUUCAUUUAUUUUUGAAAUUAUUCUAACUGGUAUCAUACUGUAUGUACCAGGAACUGAAAACAUAUUUAAGACUAUGCCUUUAAGCUUUUACUGGUACUGGCCAUGCCUACCCCUCGGUUUGUUUCUUUGGAUAUAUGAUGAAUUAAGAAGAUUAUGUAUACGUACAUAUCCUGGUGGAGUUAUAGAACAAGAAACUUAUUAUUAAGUAUUUAUCAUAAGUAACAUUUAACUUAAAAUUCGUUAGAUUAGUUUUAACACAUUGAUAGUAUCAUUUCCUAUACAGUAAAUUCUCCCCAAUUGUCCUUCAGCUUGUAAACAAAAAUGGACAAUUUGGGAA